UAUCACGCUAAAACAGCAGCAGCUCAAUUGAUUAUUGAUCGUGUUAUUACAAUGCCAUAACUGGUGGCUUUGUAUUAAUUAUUUAUACAUUGUAUUUUAAAAUCAAGCCAAACGAUCAGCGCAACAGUUUCACUUUUAUCACCAUAUAAGAUGUGUAAUAUUUUGAAAACGUAAGUGGACAAGCAGACGUAGGGUUCAAUUUUUCAAUUGUUAACAUUAUUUAUUAUGGAUUAAAGGCUACGGUUGUUUAACAAGUGCAGUUUUCUCUGCCGACUGGAUCUAUACAAAGAAAAAUCAUAACACUUAAUUCAAUAUGGUUUCCGUUGGUUUGUGUAUCUUAGAAACAAUAGCUGCAGUAGAAACUAUUUUUAGAUUAACACAACAGUAUGGACUAUUGAUGGACAAAAAUGUAACGCAGCUUGUGGUAGGCGAUGAUGUGCCAAUUUCUUUUCCAAGGACAGCACCAAGUAUGCACCACACGUCAAUUCAUCAUUACGCUAUGCAUGGGCUGUGUAGGAAUUUUGAAGGCAAAAAGAAGCUGUAUAAAGCCAUGAAGACCAAGUUAUGUCAAAUGAAAUUAUCAUUUAUAGCGGAGUUUGUUUUGGAUUUAUGUAGAGGGAAACAUGCUUUGUUGACAAAUUGGGUUGGAGAAUUAUUUGACAUUGAUGGGGACGGUUAUAUUACACAUUUCGAGAAACACUCAUUUGAUGAUGUCUAGUGCUAGUGGUUACUUAUUUUCGGAUCAUUCAAAGUUAAUAAACAAGAUGUAGUAAGAAAACAAUCGGAAUAAAAGAGUGAAAGUGUUUUAGACUAAAUACUUGCUUUUGUAAAAAUUAAUGAUUUUAAGAUAUACUUGAACUAAAUCAUUCACUAUGUUGGCGAAACUCGUAUAUUGUAACUUAUAUUACAAUGGUUUGUCAUGUGAUAAUGCUGGAAAGCAAAACAGG